AUGAUUUGUCUAAUAAAUUUUAAAACUUCAAAUAGUCAGGCGACAAGUUUUUUAAAUACGAAUUCUAAUUCCGAAUCCCCCGUAAACUCUAAUUCCAAUGAAAAUGGUGGAUCAAAUCAAUGUCCAGAUGAUUGGGCUAGUAGGCUAGAUAGCUCUGGGGUUGUUUAUGGAUACAAAGUGAUUAUGCAAGAUAUGAUUAAUUAUUAUCAGGCAAGAAAUUUAUGUAAUAAAGAAGGGGGAGAACUGGUUAGCAUUCACAGUAAUGAGGAAGAACAAUUUGUAGUUCAAUUAGCUUGGUCUUUACUAGAUCAAUGUCAAACAAAUAAUUCUCUGUGUAGACAAAGAGUUCCAAUUCCGUCACUUGAUAGUAUGUUCCGUUCUUUUUAUAUUGGUCUGAACCGUGCUGCUAUCGAACCUUUGUAA